CGCCGCCGCCGGGGCGCCCGCGAGGAGGCGGGACCCGGCUCGGCCCGCGCCGCCGCUGCAGGUGGACUCGGCCGCGGCCGCCGGCGGAGCCCGAGGGAGCCGGGCGUGGGCCAGCGCGGCUCGCCCAUGGCCGAGGGCCGGCGGCGGGAGGACGAAGAGGAGGAACUGCGCGAGCGGCGGGAGCUCGGGGGUCCGCGGCGCUCCCGGGGCCGGGCGCUCUCGGGCCACUCGGCCGCAGAUCGCAACGAACGGAAUAAACCAGAACAUCGUUCUUCAAGCCAAGGACCCCUGUCAUCGAUUAGAGCGGUAAUCAAGAGAUCUUCUCGUCCCUCUAUUCAGAAUGAGCUUCAUCGAGAUAGGAGGCGCCCAGAAAUCACCAUUGUGGCAGCAGAGCCGCUGAGGCCCAGUUCGUGGUUUCCUGGAGUCCCUCCCCCGGGACUAGGAUUCUCCCAGUCUUCGGCAGCAGGCCCCUGGAGGCCCAAUGACCUGGUUCCUGCUGAGCUCCCACCAUCUUAUGAACAAGUUAUAAAAGAAAUCAACCAAGUUCAAGUUAAUACUACAAAUAAUAAUAAUGCUGCUGCCACUCCUAGGCACACAAGUACAUCUGCAACUCAGACUGACUUUUCAGAAGACAUAGACAACCAUCUGCCUCAAACACUGCAGGCACCUCUCAAGCCUCUUCAGUCUUCCCCUGCAGUGUCUGCCAGUGACCUUCUGACCAGUGUGGCACCUUUAAUUGUCUUUGAUGUUUCUGAUGAUCAGAAUUGUCCAGAAAGCUCCAGUGCUACAAGAUGUCCAGUGCCAAGACCAAGAUCAAAGAACAACCUCAGACCAGUAGCCAGGGAUACUCACAAUAAAGAGAAAAUUCACCAGAAAACCAGCCCAGUGUCCACAGAAGAAGCGUCCUUCCCCCACCGGCCCCAGUCCCUGUUGGACAGUCCUGACGACAUAGCUGGUCAGGCAGCAAUAAACACUAUGAAUACAGAACGAAGCCAAAAUAGUAUUGUUUCAAGAAUCAAAGCAUUUGAGGGCCAGACCAAUACAGAAGCCUGGGGACUGCCCAAGAAACCAGAAAUUGCUCCCCGUACACUCCCUCCGAGGCCUGUUUCCUCAGGGAAACCCUCUGUGGCUCCCAAACCAGCUGCUAACAGAGCCUCUGGAGAAUGGGACUCCUGGACAGAAAACAAGCUCAAAGUGACCUCCAGGGAAGGGCUUAACUCUCAAUCACCAUCACAAGAAGCAGGGAACAUCCCAGUAACCAAACCUGAGUUGCCAAAGAAACCAAAUCCUGGCCUUAUUCGAAGUCUUCAUCAUGAGAAUCUGGGAGGGGCACCCACAGCCGAGAGCGCUGAUGGUGGAAAGAAAGUCCCGAUGCCUGCCCCUCGGCCUUUGCUGUCCAGGAAGUCAAGUUCCUCAGAAAACCCCACCCCACCUGCAGCUUUGCUGAAACCAGUCACUGUUCCUCCUCGACUCUCAGUGGCAUCACAAGCCAAAGCAUUCAGGUCCCUGGGAGAAGGUCCCCUCACCAAUCCCCCAGCACCAGUUUUGCCAAGCAAGCCUCCAGUGGACAUCGACCUCAUCAGUUUUGAUGAUGAUGUUUUACCCUCUCCACCUGGGAACUUGGUUGAAGAAUCUGCUGGUUCAGAUAUGGUUCUGGAUCCCUUUCAGCUCCCCACAAAAACAGAACCAACAAAAGAACGAGCAAUUCAACCCGCACCCACCAGGAAGCCCACUGUGAUCCGAAUUCCAGCCAAACCAGGAAAAUGUUUACAUGAGGAUCCACAAAACCCACCUCCUCUUCCUACUGAAAAGCCUAUUGGAAACACGUACAGUGCAGUGACUGGAAAACCCAGUAGUAUUGACAAAACUAGAAACGUGGAAUCCAAUCUUGCUAGUCAAAUAGGAGUUUCUCUUCGAGGACCCCCAAGUUUGCCACCACGACCUGUAAAUGGAAAAGUUAUACCAGCUCGACAGCCUUCGUCCAAGGGGCCUCCUGAGAGACCACCUCCUCCCAAACUUUCUGCAAGCAGAGCAUCAACAAAAAGACUGCCUUUCAAUCGGUCCUCUUCUGAUAUGGAUCUUCAGAACAAACAAAGUAACUUGGCAUCUGGACUCACAAAAACCAAAAGCCAAGUCUUUAAAAGUCAAGAUCCGGUGCUACCCCCUCGCCCAAAACCAGGACACCCUCUCUACAGUAUGUUUAAGCUCUCUGUGCCUCAUGGGAUUGCCAAUGAAGACGUUGUCUCACAAAACUCUAGAGAAGUCUCUUGUAAGGAUUCAAGCUACACUCAGAAGCCCGCUGGCUGUAGUGCUCCUCACGCUCUGGUUCUCCAUGAUUUUGCUGCAGAGCAAAUUGAUGAUUUGAAUCUCACUUCUGGAGAAAUUGUUUAUCUUUUGGAAAAAAUAGAUGCAGAUUGGUAUAAAGGGAAAUGUAGAAACCAGACUGGUGUGUUUCCUGCCAACUAUGUCAAAGUAAUUAUUGAUGUUCCAGAAAAAGAAAACAGAAAAAGAGAAAGAGAAUCAAUUUCAUCUCAUUGUGUUAAGGGUCCAAGAUGUAUUGCCCGAUUUGAAUUUAUUGGAGACCAGAAGGAUGAAUUAAGUUUCUCAGAGGGAGAAAUUAUUAUUCUUAAAGAGUACGUGAAUGAAGAAUGGGCCAGAGGAGAACUUCGAGACAGAACCGGAAUUUUCCCCCUUAACUUUGUGGAACUAGUGGAGGAUCAUCCCACCUCUGGUAUACAUGUUCCAGGCACAAAGGUAGGACUGAAGACCAAAACAGAAGAUUCUGGUGCAAAUUCUCAGGAUAGCAGUGUAUCUGGAGAAUGGUGUGAAGCUCUUCACAGCUUCGUGGCAGAGACCAGCGACGACUUAUCCUUCCAGAGGGGGGACCGGAUCCUCAUCCUCGAGCGCCUUAACUGUGACUGGUACAAGGGCAGACUGCGCAGCAGGGAGGGCAUCUUUCCAGCAGUCUUUGUGCGCCCCUGCUCAGCUGAGGCAAAGACGACGUCUACUUUAGCAUUGAAGGGGAGGAAAGCCAAAGCCUUAUAUGAUUUCCAUGGAGAGAAUGAAGAUGAGCUUUGCUUCAAGGCUGGAGAUAUAAUAACAGAGCUGGAAUCUGUAGAUGAUGACUGGAUGAGUGGAGAACUAAUGGGAAAAUCUGGAAUAUUUCCCAGAAACUAUGUUCAGUUUAUACAAGUCAACUGAAGGUGAAGUUUGACUGUCUUCCGUGGCCCAAGAACUCACUUGAACUAUAUCACUUUGACUAUCAGAUUUGUUUUUUGCACUAUUUUUUUAAACUGAAAGAAAUAUCUAUGCUGUACGUGGUACACUAGACUUUUCUGAGAGCAGAAAACAUCUAGAACUUGUUAGCUUUCAUUCCGAUUAGAAAAGCACCCAUGGAAACCCAUGAGAACAUCAAGCAGGAUUAGCAAGGCAGACCCACACUCCCCCAGGGAAGCAGCUGGUGGCGCCGUAGCAUGGGGAGGCUUACAGGCAGAAGUUGCACUUGGACAUCCAUUCCCAUCAGCACACGGAAAUUAACCACACUUCCUCACUCUUGACUUUUAGUUGAAAAAGAGGAUGUUUGCUAUUCUACAUGCUUUAACUAUCAGGACAUGGUUGGUAAUUGUAAAUUCAUUUUUGAUAUUCAAAUUAAACUAAACAGCUUGAGCACAUCAUCCUUAUUACCAGGGUAGAUCCUUGCUUCAGGAGGAGCUAGUUUAUUGACUGACAGGAAACUUUGCAAUCACGGGGUGAGUCGGCUCACUCUCACCAAACUCUCUGUAUGUUGCUGUUUCCCCUUUGUCCAUGAAUUUGAAGGGGUCUGAAUUUGAUGAAUCUGGGUCAAAGAACCAGAACGGUCCUGAAUUGCCUUGCUAACACAACUAACUCUUCCACACACCUGCUGUACUUAUUUCUUUCUUCCAUGUAUACUUUAUGUUAACAGGGUUAUUAGAAUGCACAUUUUCUGAAUCUGCAAUCAUUCUUUUGACAAUUACUGGGACCCAAAGAAAAAUUCAUUUUCUUUGUGUUACCCCAGUAAUACAUUAAAGCUGUGUCUUGUUAGAGUGGUACAUUAUGAAUCACACAUAUUCAGAAUGCAGAGCAACUGUUAAUAUGGAAAACAAUGCCAGCCCCACAAAACUCAUUUCUUCCCAGUAUAAUCAGAAUGAAAAUUAAUUUUAGAAGACUGAAGGCUGAUAUUUUCUUGUUUUUUUUCCCGCUAACUCAGCUCAUCCCUACAUAAUUUUAGAGUAAAUAAAAAUCCAAUUUCCUGAUAUAUAUUUUAAGCGUUCCUGGCUUAUGACAAAAAGUGGUUCUUCAUGUGAUUGAAUCCAUUACAGUUGUGGGCUGCUGCCAGAUAGGUUGAAGACAAUCUUCCAAAAAGAUCAAUGGAAUAGGAUUUCAUUGUAAAUAUAAAACAUUUUUUCCAGCAAUAUUCAUGACGUUCUUCUAUUGUUAAGAAGACUUUCAUAUGCCUGGCCACGUUUUAGCUUUUAUUGUUGUUUCCCAUUGUCCAAACAGUUAGGCAGCCAGUGGUCACCAGGAACACUGCAUAAGGGAGAUGAUUUUACUUUAGAAAGUACAUCUUUCAAUUACAUCAAUUACAUCUUUCAGUUACAUGGCCAUAUAGGAGCUUUUUUUCCCCUUACAUGUUUAGGUAAAGAACAUAAUAAAAUUUUGUCAAUAUCACUUGAGUAACUUCAGUGACAAAUGAAUGAAUGACUUAAAGCAUUAGCCAAUUAAAUUUCCAUUUGCAGCAAGCUGGGUGCGGGAGGGGGUAGUAGGGGAGGUUGGAAUAAAAUGUGAGGUAUAUUUCUAUGCCUGUGUAAUUUUAGCAUCUUACAAUGAAGAUUGUGGAAACCUGGUUUUAUUGGAGAAAAAUACUCCUCUUAAAUUUUGGCUUUCUGUCAGCAGAAUGAUAAGUGCAAUAGUUGUAAAUCUACUUGACACUAUAAUAAACUGAACUUUUCAAAUUCCUUUUCUCAUGCUAGACUGGGUUUUGUGAGACUACAGGUUGUGUUGUAUCUUUUCAU